AUUCAGAACUAGAACAAGCGGGAGGGAGAGAAAGGUAGCUAGCUAAAUGCACAUCAAUAACACAAUUUAAUAACAUUAGCCAUACAACAUUUUACACCGAUAUUCGUGCCUUAUGGUUGGAAAUAAUUGAGCACGGUACUGAAGUCUUGGUUUCCCGGUUUUAAUGAAGGUACACAUAAAAGGCGGAUAAAGUCAAGAUGAGUCUGGUGGUCCAUCAACAACAGGUAAGAAUUUAUAUUUUCAAAUUGACAAGUACCUAAAGUUAGUUAACUAUAUUAACUAGCAAACUACAUACCAAUACAUUGUUUAGUUAGUUUAACGUUUCGCUAACGUCCGCCAUAACCCCAUGCCAUGCUAGUUAGUUCGCUAACAAGCUAGCUCGCUAACUACCUGGCUUGUUGCUGAUUGAGUUGGAUUAACUAGCUACUGUUAACGUUAGCUGUUAACUGGCUCAUCUUCCGGCUUUGGUUAGUUCAAUUUGUCUAAGUUUGAAGGAUUUGUUUGUUAGACAUUUGCAUAGGGUAACACUAUCACUGAAUGUGAGCAAUGAACAUGCCGGUGUUAAAUGUAAACUCUUCUAGACAGUUUCCUAGGCUAUGUGUAACAUUAGCCACUGUUGAAUGUCCGGCUGGCAAACUGCCGUAACCGUUUGCUCUUUGUGGCAGCUGAGAGAGGAGGCGCCACAACAGCCAUUUGGCGACCCAACAUUAAACAGAAACAGGCAUGACAUUUAUGCAAGUUGAUUCACCUACAUUUGUAAUCAUGUUUUUUUUACUUUCAUGGCUUUUUUACUUUGUAGGAAAAAGACUGGCAUGGUUCCUUCUAACAACAUCGACAUGAGGUGAAUUUGUCAUUGUUUUUCCCCCCCUAUUCAGGCAGUGGAGCUCCCUUCCGAGGUCCCAGUAGCCGAGAGUGAUUCAGACAGUGGAAUGGGCUCACCAGUGGAGGAGAUGCAGAUGGCUUCUGAGAUGAUUACCAAUACUGUCGACCUGCAAGGUACAGUGUCACAACAAAGGUGAUCGGUACCUAAACUGACAGCCUGACCAGAGUCCCCUGUUAAUGUAAAUAGACAGCUCUGGGACAUUUGCUCUGUGAUGAGAAACAAUGAAUCGUCUAGUCUUUGACUUUAGAUUAUUCAACCAUCAAUGCAAACUACAGUACUUGACAAUUCAACCACCAAUGCAAACUAACCUACCGGUACUUAAUUUAAUAGGAAAUAGUUUGCAUUGUGAUGCAAACAGAAUACCACCUUUCCCGCAUUAGUCAUUAAGAUUGCUUGUAAUAUUUUUCCCAGAUUCGGAUGAUGACAUCACAGUAAACCGGCGGUCCCGUUGUCGGAAGGCCUUGAGAGACAGUGACUGCGAGGAGGAGGUGCAUGAGAUGGCAGAAGCUCUGGUCCUAUCAGCAUCCAGCGGAGAUGAGAUGGAGACUGCUGAGGAAGAGGUCAAAAAGGCUAAAUUAAAGAGCAAGAAGAUAUCACGAAUAGCCCCUAUCGACAGUGACGAGAGCGCGCCGGAGGAGGAAGAGCUGGUAAAAAAGGAUGUGAAACAGAAGAAGGAAGGGAAGAAGAGGGAGAAGAGCCAGCGACACCAAGAGAAGAAAGAGAAGCGCAGCAAGGCUGUGGAGCGACUGAAGAAGAAAGAGAGACCUGAGGUGAGCGAGGUUGAGCGACAGAAAAAUAAGUGACCGUGUAAAAUUAGUUUUGAGACAAAUUAGACUUGUUUUCUCCAUCACUCUCUGUUUUGUAGGAGACCCCUUUGCCCCAUACUCUGAAUGACAGCGGCUGUCUCCUUGGUGACAAUGACCUGUAUGAUGCUGGUCUGGAUGAUGAUGAUGAAGAGGAAGAGUCUCUGGACGCCAUCAGAGCAGCAGUAAAGCAGAAAGCCAAGAAGCACAAAGUAAGAGCAACAUUUUAAAAGUCGUAUCUGGAGGUGUGAGGUCACUAAAAAGCAAACAUAUGCCCAAAAGAAAUCCCCUAGGAUAACUUUUUGAAUGUGAAGUGGUUUGAGGAGUUUAUGGCUAAUCUUACUUAGCUUUGUCUCUGAAUAUUAAGUCGUAGUGGUUUGUGUGCUAUGCAGGUAGACAAUGCACUGUAUUCUGUGUGUCAGAACUAUGCUCUGUAUCUUUCCCUCAGGAGCCUUUAUUUGAUGAUGAUGAUGAGGAGGGAGAUGAAGUGACUGGACCGAAACAGCGUCCCCAGGAAAGGAAGGCAGCUCGAGCCAGCAAGGAGGCCAUGAAGCAGCUGCACAGUGAGACCCAGAGGCUGGUCCGAGGUCAGUUUUUAUGUUCAUUUUACAAUGGUGUGUCGAUGUAGUGUAUUGCCAAUGCUCCACUAUGUUUUGUCUCUACAUGACUUGCUACAGACUUGUGUCCUUUGUGGCUUCUAUUUUCCAACCCAGUGUCUCUUGUAACAUGUUCUUAAUUCCUUUGCAGAAUCCACAUGCGGGCUGCCCUAUCACAUGCCUGAGCCUAAGAGCAUCGACCAGUUCUUCAAGAGGAGAGCCCGACCUGAAGGUUCUGCUAUGGCACUACUGAAGUAAGUAGAGAUUUUUCUACCUGGAUUUCUAUUUACUUAUACUGGUUUUGUCUCUGCAAUUACUCUACUAUGCUCAUCUGGUUUUUUCAGACGCAUUUAAAGCGGCAAUCUGCGAUUGCUACAUCCAUUCUUGGACUUUUAAAUUAAUGAUAUAUAUAUAUAUAUACACACACACACUACCGUUCAAAAGUUUGGGGUCACAUAGAAAUGUCCAUAUUUUUUUGUCCAUUAAAAUAACAUAAAAUUGAAAUACAGUGUAGACAUUGUUAAUGUUGUAGAUGGCUAUUGUAGCAGGAAACGGCUGAUUUAAAAAAAAUAAAUAAAUAAAUAAAUAAAUAAUGGAAUAUCUACAUAGGCGUGCAAAGGAACAUUAUCAGCAAUCAUCAGUCCUGUGUUCCAAUGGCACGUUGUGUUUGCUAAUCCAAGUUUAUCAUUUUAAAAGGCUAGUUGAUCAUUAUAAAACCCCUUUGCAAUCAUGUUAGCACAGCUGAAAACUGUUGUGCUGAUUUAAAGAAGCAAUAAACCUGGCCUUCUUGAGACUAGUUGAGUAUCUGGAGCAUCAGCAAUUGUGGGUUCGAUUACAGGAUCAAAAUGGCCAGAAACAAAUAACUUUCUUCUGAAACUCGUCAGUCUAUUCUUGUUCUGAGAAAUGAAGGCUAUUCCAUGUGAGAAAUUGCCAAGAAACUGAAGAUCUCGUACAACACUGUGGUCCUCUGUAGCUCAGCUGGUAGAGCACGGCGCUUGUAACGCCAAGGUAGUGGGUUCGAACCCCGGGACCACCCAUACACAAAAAUUUAUGCACGCAUGACUGUAAGUCGCUUUGGAUAAAAGCGUCUGCUAAAUGGCAUUAUUUAUUAUUAUUAUUAUUACUGUGUACUACUCCCUUCACAGAACAGCGUAAACUGUCUCUAACCAGAAUAGGAAGAGGAGUGGGAGGCCCCGGCACACAACUGAGCAAGAGGACAAAUACAUUAGUGUCUAGUUUGAGAAACAGACUCCUCACAGGUCCUCAACUGGCAGCUUCAUUAAAUAGUACCCGCAAAACACCAGUCUCAACGUCAACCGUGAAGAGGCGACUCCGGGAUGCUGACCUUCUAGGCAGAGUUGCAAAGAAAAAGCCAUAUCUCAGACUGGCCAAUAAAAAUAAAGAUUAAGAUGGGCAGAGAUCUUUCUGGGUCUUCCUUUCUUGUGGUGGUCCUCAUGAGAGCCAGUUUUAUCAUGGCGCUUGAUGUUUUUUGCGACUGCACUUGAAGAAAAGUUCAAAGUUCUUGAAAUUUUCCGGAUUGACUGACCUUCAUAUCUUAAAGUAAUGAUGGACUGUUGUUUCUCUUUGCUUAUUUGAGCUGUCCUUGCCAUAAUAUGGUGUUGGUCUUUUACCAAAUAGGGCGAUCUUCUGUAUACCACCCCUACCUUGUCACAACACAACUGAUUGGCUCAAACGCAUUAAGAAGGAAAGAAAUUCCACAAAUGAACUUUUAACGAGGCACACCUGUUAAUUGAAAUCAAAUCAAAUUUUAUUGGCCACAUGCGCCGUAUACAACAGGUGCAGACAUUAGUGAAAUGUUUACUUACAACCCUUAACCAACAGUGCAUUUAUUUUAAAUAAAAAAGUAAAAUAAAACAACAAAGUGUUGAGGGAAAAAAAGACCAGAAGUAAAAUAACAGUAGGGAGGCUAUAUACACUGCUCAAAAAAAUAAAGGGAACACUAAAAUAACACAUCCUAGAUCUGAAUGAAUGAAAUAAUCUUAUUAAAUAAUUUUUUCUUUACAUAGUUGAAUGUGCAGACAACAAAAUCACACAAAAAUUAUCAAUGGAAAUCAAAUUGAUCAACCCAUGGAGGUCUGGAUUUGGAGUCACCCUCAAAAUUAAAGUGGAAAACCACACUACAGGCUGAUCCAAUUUUGAUGUAAUGUGCUUAAAACAAGUCAGAGGCUCAGUAGUGUGUGUGUGUGUGGCCUCCACGUGCCUGUAUGACCUCCCUACAACACCUGGGCAUGCUCCUGAUGAGGUGGCGGAUGGUCUCCUGAGGGAUCUCCUCCCAGACCUGGACUAAAUUAUCCGCCAACUCCUGGACAGUCUGUGGUGCAACGUGGCGUUGGUGGAUGGAGCGAGACAUGAUGUGCUCAAUUGGAUUCAGGUCUGGGGAACGGGCGGGUCAGUCCAUAGCAUCAAUGCCUUCCUCUUGCAGGAACUGCUGACACACUCCAGCCACAUGAGGUCUAGCAUUGUCUUGCAUUAGGAGGAACCCAGGGCCAACCGCACCACCAUAUGGUCUCACAAGGGGUCUGAGGAUCUCAUCUCGGUACCUAAUGGCAGUCAGGCUACCUCUGGUGAGCACAUGGAGGGCUGUGCGGCCCCCCAAAGAAAUGCCACCCCACACCAUGACUGACCCACCGCCAAACCGGUCAUGCUGGAGGAUGUUGCAGGCAGCAGAACGUUCUCCACGGCGUCUCCAGACUCUGUCACGUCUGUCACAUGUGCUCAGUGUGAACCUGCUUUCAUCUGUGAAGAGCACAGGGCGCCAGUGGCGAAUUUGCCAAUCUUGGUGUUCUCUGGCAAAUGCCAAACGUCCUGCACGGUGUUGGGCUGUAAGCACAACCCCCACCUGUGGACGUCGGGACCUCAUACCACCCUCAUGGAGUCUGUUUCUGACCGUUUGAGCAGACACAUGCACAUUUGUGGCCUGCUGGAGGUCAUUUUGCAGGCACUACCUGAGCCACUUGUGUGGGUUGUAGACUCUGUCUCAUGCUACCACUAGAGUGAAAGCACCGGCAGCAUUCAAAAGUGACCAAAACAUCAGCCCGGAAGUGGCUGGUCUGUGGUCACCACCUGCAAAACCAGACCUUUAUUGGGGGUGUAUUGCUAAAUGCCUAUAAUUUCCACCUGUUGUCUAUUCCAUUUGCACAACAGCAUGUGAAAUGUAUUGUCAAUCAGUGUUGCUUCCUAAGUGGACAGUUUGAUUUCACAGAAGUGUGAUUGACUUGGAGUUACAUUGUGUUGUUUAAGUGUUCCCUUAAUUUUUUUGAGUAGUGUGUGUAUAUAUAUAUACACACACACACACACACACACACACACACACACACACACAGGGGGGUACUGGUGCAAAGUCAAUGUGCGGGGGCACCGGCUAGUUGAGGUAGUUGAAGUAAUAUGUACAUGUGGGUAGAGUUAAAGUGACUAUGCAUAAAUAAUUAACAGAGUAGCAGCAGCGUAAAAAGAUGGGGUGGGGGGGCAGUGCAAAUAGUCCGGGUAGCCAUGAUUAGCUGUUCAGGAGUCUUAUGGCUUAGGGGUAGAAGCUGUUGAGAAGUCUUUUGGACCUAGACUUGGCACUCCGGUACCGCUUGCCGUGCGGUAGCAGAGAGAACAGUCUAUGACUAGGGUGGCUGGAGUCUUUGAUAAUUUUGAGGGCCUUCCUCUGACACCGCCUGGUAUAGAGGUCCUGGAUGGCAGGAAGCUUGGCCCCAGUGAUGUACUGGGCCGUACGCACUACCCUCUGUAGUGCCUUGCCUUCGGAGGCCAAGCAGUUGCCAUACCAGGCGGUGAUGAAACCAGUCGGGAUGCUCUCGAUGGUGCAGCUGUAGAAUUUUUAGAGGAUCUGAGGACCCAUGUCAAAUCUUUUCAGUCUCCUGAGGGGGAAUAGGCUUUGUCGUGCCCUCUUCACGACUGUCUUGGUGUGUUUGGACCAUGAUAGUUCGUUGGUGAUGUGGACUCCAAGGUACUUGACGCUCUCAACCUGUUCCACUACAGCCCCGUCGAUGAGAAUGGGGGCGUGCUCAGUCCUCUUUUUUUUUUUCCUGUAGUCCACAAUCAUCUCCUUUGUCUUGGUCACGUUGAGGGAGAGGUUGUUAUCCUGGCACCACACGGCCAGGUCUCUGACCUCCUCCCUAUAGGCUGUCUCAUCGUUGUCGGUGAUCAGGCCUACCACUGUUGUGUUGUCGGCAAAUUUAAUGAUGGUGUUGGAGUUGUGCCUGGCCAUGCAGUCAUUGGUGAACAGGGAGUACAGGAGGGGACUGAGCACGCACCCCUGAGGGGCCCCCGUGUUGAGGAUCAUUGUGGCAGAUGUGUUGUUACCUACCCUUACCACCUGGGGGUGGCCCGUCAAGAAGUCCAGGAUCCAGUUGCAGAGGGAGGUGUUUAGUCCCAGGAUCCUUAGCUUAGUGAUAAGCUUUGAGGGCACUAUGGUGUUGAAUGCUGAGCUGUAGUCAAUUAAAUGCAUUCUCACGUAGGUGUUCCUCUUGUCCAGGUGGGAAAGGGUAGUGUGGAGUGCAAUAGAGAUUGCAUCAUCUGUGGAUCUGUUGGGGCGGUAUGCAAAUUGGAGUGGCUCUAGGGUUUCUGGGAUAAUGGUGUUGAUGUGAGCCAUGACCAGCCUUUCAAAGCACUUCAUGGCUACAGACGUCAGUGCUACGGGUCGGUAGUCAUUUAGGCAGGUUAUCUUAGUGUCCUUGGGCACGGGGACUAUGGUGGUCUGCUUGAAACAUGUUGGUAUUACAGACUCAGUCAGGGUCAUGUUGAAAAUGUCGGUGAAGACACUUGCCAGUUGGUCAGCACAUGCUCGGAGUACACGUCCUGGUAAUCGGUCUGGCCCUGCGGCCUUGUGAAUGUUGACCUGCUUAAAAGUCUUACUCACAUCGGCUACGGAGAGCGUGAUCACAUAGUCAUCCGGAACAGCUGGUGCUCUCAUGCAUGCUUCAGUGUUGCUUGCCUCGAAGCGAGCAUAGAAGUGGUUUAGCUCGUCUGGAAGCCUUGUGUCACUGGGCAGCUCGCGGCUGUGCUUCCCUUUGUAAUCUGUAAUAGUUUUCAAGCCCUGCCACAUCCGACGAGCGUCAGAGCCGGUGUAGUAUGAUUCAAUCUUAGUCCUGUAUUGACUCUUUGCCUGUUUGAUGGGUCGUCGGAGGGCAUAGCGGGAUUUCUUAUAAGCAUCCGGGUUUGAGUCCCGCUCCUUGAAAGCGGCAGCUCUACCCUUUAGCUCAGUGCGGAUGUUUCCUGUAAUCCAUGGCUUCUGGUUGGGGUAUGUACGUACGGUCACUGUGGGGACGAUGUCAUCUAUGCACUUAUUGAUGAAGCCAUUGACUGAUGUGGUGUACUCCUCAAUGCUAUUUGAAAAAUCCCGGAACAUGUUCCAAUCUGUGCUAGCAAAACAGUCCUGUAUCUUAGCAUCUGCAUCAUCUGACCACUUUUUUUAUUAACCGAGUCACUGGUGCUUCCUGCUUUAGUUUUUGCUUAUAAGCAGGAAUCAGGAGGAUAGAGUUAUGGUCAGAUUUGCCAAAUGGAGGGCGAGGGAGUUUUUUUUCCUCUGGUUGAACAUUUAACAUGCUGGUAGAAAUUAGGUAGAACGGAUUUAAGUUUCCCUGCAUUAAAGUCCCCGGCCACUAGGAGCGCUGCCUCUGGAUGAGCGUUUUCCUGUUGACUUAUGGCCUUAUACAGCUCAUUCAGUGCAAUCUUAAUGCCAGCAUUGGUUUGUGGUGGUAAAUAGACAGCUAUGAAAAAUAUCGAUGAAAACUCUCUUGGUAAAUAGUGUGGUCUACAGCUUAUCAUACGAUACUCUACCUCAGGCGAGCAAAACCUUGAGACUUCCUUAGUAUUUGAUUUUGUGCACCAGCUGUUGUUUACAAAUAUACACAGACCGCCACCCCUUGUCUUACCGGAGUCAGCCGUUCUAUCCUGCCGAUGCAUUCCAGGUGACUACCUCAUGAAGCUGGUUGAGAGAAUGCCAAGAGUGUGCAAAGCUGUCAUCAAGGCAAAGGGUGGCUAUUUGAAGAAUCUCAAAUAUAAAAUAUAUUUUGAUUUGUUUAACACUUUUUUGGUUACUACAUGAUUCCAUAUGUGUUAUUUCAUAGUUUUGAUGUCUUCACUAUUAUUCUACAAUGUAGUAGGUGUGUCAACUUUUGACUGGUACUGUAUAUACCCAUUGAUUCUUUAAGAAUAGAACAUAUAAAUGCCUCAUGAGCAUAGUUCAACUGUCAUACCCUAUCAGAACCCCAAAUAGUGUAACUCCUUUGUUUGUAAACAAUUUAAUUGUAAACAAACUGUAUAGCCUCAAAACAUGGUUAAAAUUAUAAUGUUGAUAUAGGUGGUUGUAAGGGGGGAUAUUGAUACAGUUAUAUAUUGAAAUAUUAUUUCGGUUGAUAUUGUAUCGAUACUUUGACUGCAAGUGUCGAUUUGUAAAGAUAUUUAUUUUUUGUUUUAUUUUGCUAGGUUGCACCAAAAUGCCUGUAUUUUUCAUCCAAUAGCUUGUUCUUGAUCUUCUUUUUAAAUAGUUAGCCAACAUGUUUUCAGCACUUUUAUUUCCAUGACUGAAACUCAUUUUCUCAUGCGCUCUCUUGUCUCUCUGCAGCAGACAUGUAGUGAGCAAUAUGUUUGGAUCAUCGAAUCGCAAUAAUAUCGCAGUAUCAUAUCUCAAUACAUAUAGAAUCGCAAUACAUAUCUUAUCGGCACCUAAGUAUUGUGAUAAUAUCCUAUCGUGAGGUCCCUGGCAAUUCCCAGUCCUAAUAGUCCUUGCAUCCAUAGCUCUGUAUUUGAAUUUGAGUUGUUGCAUUUCUCCAGCCACAUCCCUGAACUUUUAACCAAAACAGUGGUGUUAUUGUUUGAAUAGCAGAUUGCUCCUUUAAGGAUAUAAAACUGUUUUUCCACCUGUUCAAAGGUCUGCCAAGUAUCAGGACUUGAUAAAGGAGGCAACCCCAGCACCACCUCAACCCGAGGAGCCCCAACAGUCCCCAGCCUCCCUGGACCCAACCUCCACCCAGACCCAGGCUCUCCCCCAGCCAACGGCCACCUCCACACACCAGAAGAACCACAGCAGGGCAGGUGAGACCUCUCCAACCCAGGAGCCCGACGACGAUGAAUCCCCACUACCUGAACUGGCCGCCAUUAUGCAGGGGGCCAAUAUUUCAGGGUUGGAUGGUGCUGAAAUUCCACCACCAGAGUCUAUGGAGGCUGAACCUCUAGAGCAGAACCAGGCAGAGGCCUCGGACUCCCAAGCCCAGGAGAUGGAGGUGAAAGCAGGGGAUGGGUAUGUCGCUCAGCCCCUACCUGCUCCAGCUAGUGUGGAGCCCGUAGCACCACCCGUCACCAAACCCAAGAAGGACAGGCUGGCCAGACUGAGGGAGUUGGGGGUGGAGCCCCCACCUGUUUCUAAACUGUGUGCUGACGAUGGGUCCUUCGAUCUGGAGCCCCCUCAGGUUAACCCAGGUGAGAGCACAACAAAAUGUAUUCAGCUCUGUAAUGUCAGAGCUCUCUAGCACAAUAUUUCCCAAAUGGUGGGUCGGGGUUUAAAACAUUGUUUAGAUGCAUGCUUUUGUCAAUUUUAUGUGGUGCACAAAAUUAUUUUGGUGGGACACAACUCAAGCCACCGCUCUAGCACACUGUAUAGUGGCAAAAUGGGUGAGCUUGAAUGAAAUGGGUUGAAGUAACCCAGUCAAGUUGGUUGUAAUGUAUCAUCUGUAGUUAACCCGUUUGUUUCCCCCUUAGGCGUGGAGGCGCUGAAGGAGCGGUAUCUACGUCACGUCCAGCCCGUGGCCCGGCCAAGAGGGGAACGCACCGUGCAGCUCAGCGUCAUCCGGAAAGACAGCGGCGAGGAGCUCCACCAAGACUUUGUCACCACCACCAUCAAAGAGGGGGAGGAGGAGGCUGCACACACCGCUCCUGGUAUGGACAUAGUACAGUACCGUACAUCACACCAGGCCUGGUACAAACACCAUCUCUCACACACUCACGUUCUCUCUAAACCUCCACACACUCUAAAGAGGUAACUGCACUGCGUCCUGUAUGAUACAUAGCAAGCCAGGUUCCUGAAAUCUACCACGACACAUAUUUCCAAACGUCUUCAUUUCUCUGUCUACUGGCUACAUUAAUAUUUCCUAACCAGUCCUGUGUUCCCUCUGUCCUCAGGUGAGAAGCUGACCAACCUGAAGUCCCGUCUGCAGCAGGCCAUGGCCGUAAAGAGACGGGAGGAUAGAGAACGGAAGGCCGCCCUCUAUCGCCUAGACAACGAGGACUGUGGCGAGGAAGAGGAGGAAGAGGAAAUGACGGAUUCCGAGGGGGAAGAGGUAAGAGUGGAUCGUCUGCUUUGAUAGUCUACCCCCAUCCACCGCACCUGCGUCUUUUUGAUUAUUUGAUUGUGUGUCAGUCAGUGAGUUUUCCGUAUACUUUUCAUGGUGGUGCUCGAAGAAGAACCAAAAUAUUAAAGACCAAACCUUUAAGUGAUAAAUUAGACUAGGGGUAAUGGACCAGGAGAGGGAAUGUGUUGUCCAAGUAAUGUUAAGGGAAACAUGAAGUAGGUGUGGUUCAGAGUUUGUCAAAAUCUGUUUGUCACUCCACAGGGCAUAGAUGAGCUACUGGGGGGUGGUGAUGGUGAGGAAGAUGAUGAAGAUGAGGGCAGCGUGGCCCAGAGCAGUGUGAGGAGCCCCUCCCCGUUAAGGUUAAAAGGUCCCUCUCCCCCACCAGACCUGCUCAACACAGAUGGAACACUCAUGCUGUUUGCCAACAGCUCCUGCUCGCGCACCGGGUAUGCGUGUGUGUGGUGCUGAUAUUUACAUAGGCUGACAGUACUUGGCCUUUAGAUUGCAGGCCUGUGGAAGACAAAGGCAAAGUAUCUAGUGACAUUACUUACUUUUAAUGUAUGACUGUUAUUUAUCGAAUCACCUAACUAUGUUUAAUUGUCACUCUAUUUAAAUUAAUCAUGUAACAGUUAACUCAUUGGGAAUUUGGGGCACCGCGGAAGAAGUUGUUUAACGAGUUACCAUCUCCCGAAUUAAACUCUUAGAAGAUAUGUUAUAUAUCGAUAACAGUCACUUAUCAAAUAAUUACCGCAUAUCAGUAUCAUUCUGAACGUCGCAUAAUCCUUGAACCUGCAAGAACCCUAACCUUAUUGAUGAAUCUGCAAUACACAAAUUGGCUUAAUUAUUUAUUUACUAACUAAAUGAUAACACAAUACAAACACACAGGUUAUUGAUUACUAACGUAAUACAAUGAAAACAGGUCCCUAGUGGACUGGAGUAACAAUCGCAUGACUGCUUGGGUAGAAGGAGGGUCAGAGUGGAAGGGAGAGACAGAGAUUCAAACUAUCGUGGUUACUUUGGAGACUAUGCGCACAGUAAUCAUAAUACCUAUGCACCCUAAAAACGCUAAUUCGAAUUAGAAAUGCAACAUGUAUUUACGUGUAGCUGUCCUCGAAAGUUGAGUUGAUGAUGUAGGACUCUGGUAUCUCUGGUGGGCAAACCAAUGUCCUUGGUAUAGUUUCUGAUUGUAGUGCUGGUUAGAAUGGAUACUUCAGAUAUACCAGCGGUUGUCUGAAAGGGAUUGUCCUUCCCCCUUCGUGUCUUUAGUGAAAGUUCUGUAGACGACUAUACAUGCCAGCUGCGGACUGAAAUGAUAAGGUCUAGUGCAUUGUCUUCUUCUUCACCUCAUGUAGAGUUUCUUAAUUUCAAACGUGUGGACUAACAUCUCACGUUUUCUGGUCAAUCUGGUCUUGUAGAAAUUCAACCAUUUGUAACGUUUGGCUCAUGCUUCAUGUCUGCUGGUCUUCCUUUGGUAAUGGAGUUGUAGUUUUAAACCAUUUUGUAACGUUUAGCUCACGCUUCACGCUUAUUGGUCUGUAGAGUUUCAACCAUUUGCAACGUUUAGCUCACGCUUCACGUCUGCUGGUCUAAAGGUUGAUUUUGUUUUUCAAGGCUUUUUAUGCACUCGGGGUAAAAGGUGUGUUCCAUCAUGUUUACACGAUCUCUGUCACUCGGGGCGUGGCUAGUCACUGUGCAUAGUUUAUAUGAAAAACGAUCUCAUUAGAAGACUAAAAUCACAUUCCAAUCUUCACUAAAAAUCAUAUAUUUUAUACAACAUUUAAUGUAAACUUAAUAGAUAGAAUAUGUACACUUUCCGAGUUAGUUAUUACUUGAUACCAUCCUUAACGACAUCACAAAAUAAUAAACAAUAUGACAUGAUUAUUCUUUAGAUCCCCACUGACCAUUUCCCACAUUCUUUUAAGUAGGAAUAUUGUUUCAUUAUCCACUUUUGGAUAUUGGGGUCUUGGCGGGAGGACUUCCUUUGUCUCACAGGGAAAUUCUUUCUUCCCAUACUAGAGACCAAAAGGAGUCUACUGACCGGCUGUUAAGUCAUAAAACUGGCCCCCAGGAAGGGGGUGUUCAGAACUUUGCCUAGCAGGAAUGUUUGAUCCUCAACCCAUGAGCGCAAGUCAUGACCCUUGCGAGGUACUGCUCCGUGUCAGCGGUCAUGGGCAGCCUUGUGUGGAGAACAGGGUGCUAUCUGUAUCCAUAAACGUCCAGAUAUCUGUCCUUUUGAAAUGUUUCAAUCAUUCUCCACUGUAAUGUGAUUAGUGGAUUCAAAUAAUGUAUUUAAAAUGUGUGUAAGCCAGUGUUAAUUUCGUCCUCAAAAAUGUGACUAAUUUGUCAAACAACUCCAUUAGCAGCACAGAUGCGCAGUUCUGUUCAGCAUUUGGAAGGACAUGCCACACCUGGCACACACAGCCUACAUCAGCUGGUUAGCUGCAGGGAAGCAAGCGAUGAGCAUGGGCAGACCGUCUCCAGCUCCACCUCCGAUUCUACACAUUUUGCAGACGACUUUCUUGCUAACCAGUCACCACCAGCCUUCUAGUUUGCUACCCUUUGCCUGGUUAAGAAACACAACCUGCCACCCGAGUGGCACAGUGGUCUAAGGCACUGCAUCGCAGUGCUUGAAGCGUCACUACAGACCUAGGUUCGAUCCCAGGCUGUGUCACAACCGGCCGUGACCGGGAGACCCAUGAGGCGGCGUACAAUUGGCCCAGCGUUGUCCGGGUUAGCGGAGGGUUAGGCCGGCCGCGAUGUCCUUGUCCCAUCGCGCUCUAGCGACUCCUUGUGGUGGGCCAGGCGCCUGCAUGCUGACUUAGGUCGGCAGUUGUACGGUGUUUCCUCCGAUGCGUUGGUGCGGCUGGCUUCCGGGUUAAGUGAGUAGUGUGUCAAGAAGCAGUGCGGCUUAGCAGGGUCGUGUUUUGGAGGAAGCAUGGCUCUCGACCUUCACCUCUCCCUAGUCUGUACGGGAGUUGCAGCGAUGGGACAAGACUAACUACCAAUUGGAUAUCACGAAAAAGGUGCAAAAGUACAAAAAUAAAGUAAAAAUAAACUGCUUUAUGAAAUUAAAAACAAUUGCAGCAUUGAGUUUAAUAGUAAAACAACAUUCUAGCUAUGCUUUUCUCUCCAUGGAGUAUUGGGGUUCGUACUGUCAUGAAAAUCCUGGAAAAGUCAUGGAAUUCUAAAAUGUUAUUUUCCAGGCCUGGAAAAGUUUUGGAGAAAGAUCAAAUCUGAAAAGUCAUGGAAAUUAAUUUCUGUAAAUGUAAUUUAUUUAGGCACAGUUUUUAAAUAUUUUAUCAGUCAAAUAAAAACCAACACAUCAACCCUGAUCGGAAUGCCACUUUAGCACACAGGUGUUUAACUCCACUGAGGGCCGAGUGAGUAUCUGCAGGUUUUCGCUCCUCCCUUGUACUUUAAUUGAUGAAUUAAUGUCACUAAUUAGUAAGGAACUCCCCACACCUGGUUGUCUAGUAUUUAAUUAAAAGGAAAAACCAAAUAUCUGCAGACACUAGGCCCUCCAUGGAAUGAGUUUGACACCCGUGCUUUAGCGUUUCUACAGUCGUGGUCAAAAGUUUGGAGAAUGACACAAGUAUUGGUCUUCACUAAGUUUGCUGCUUCAGUGUUUUUAGAUAUUUUUGUCAGAUGUUACUAUGGUAUACUGAAGUAUAAAUACAAGCAUUCCGUAAGUGUCAAAGGCUUUUAUUGACAAUUACAUUUAGUUUAUGCAAAGAGUCAAUAUUUGCAGUGUUGAUCCUUCUUUUUCAAAACCUCUGCAAUCCGCCCUGGCAUGCUGUCAAUCAACUUCUGGGCCACAUCCUGACUGAUGGCAGCCCAUUCUUGCAUAAUCAAUGCUUGGAGUUUGUCCGAAUUUGUGGGUUUUUGUUUGUCCACCCGCCUCUUGAGGAUUGACCACAAGUUCUCAAUGGGAUUAAGGUCUGGGGAGUUUCCUGGCCAUUGACCCGAAAUGUCGAUGUUUUGUUCCCCGAGCAACUUAGUUAUCACUUUUGCCUUAUGGCAAGGCGCUCCAUCAUGCUGGAAAAGGCAUUGUUCGUCACCAAACUGUUCCUGGAUGGUUGGGAGGUUGCUCUCGGAGGAUGUGUUGCUACCAUUCUUUAUUCAUGGCUGUGUUCUUAGGCAAAAUUGUGAGUGAGCCCACUCCCUUGGCUGAGAAGCAACCCCACACAUGAAUGGUCUCAGGAUGCUUUACUGUUGGCAUGACACAGGACUGAUGGUAGCGCUCACCUUGUCUUCUCCGUACAAGCUUUUUUCCGGAUGCCCCAAACAAUCAGCAAGGGGAUUCAUCAGAGAAAAUGACUUUACCCCAGUCCUCAGCAGUCCAAUCCCUGUACCUUUUGCAGAAUAUCAGUCUGUCCCUGAUGUUUUUCCUGGAGAGAAGUGGCUUCUUUGCUGCCCUUCUUGACACCAGGCCAUCCUCAAAGUCUUCGCCUCACUGUGCGUGCAGAUGCACUCACACCUGCCUGCUGCCAUUUCUGAGCAAGCUCUGCACUGGUGGUGCCCCGAUCCCGCAGCUGAAUCAACUUUAGGAGACGGUCCUGGCGGUUGCUGGACUUUCUUGGGCGCCCUGACGCCUUCCUCACAACAGUUGAACCUCUCUCCUUGAAGUUCUUGAUGAUCCGAUAAAUGGUUGAUUUAGGUGCAAUCUUACUAGCAGCAAUAUCCAUGUCUGUGAAGCCCUUUUUGUGCAAAGCAAUGAUGACGGCACGUGUUUCCUUGCAGGUAACCAUGGUUAUCAGAGGAAGAACAAUGAUUUCAAGCACCACCCUCCUUUUAAAGCUUCCAGUAUGUUAUUCUAACUCAAUCAGCAUGACAGAGUGAUCUCCAGCCUUGUCCUCGUCAACACUCUCACCUGUGAUAACAAGAGAAUCACUGACAUGUCAGCUGGUCCUUUUGUGGCAGGGCUGAAAUGCAGUGGAAAUGUUUUUUGGGGAUUAAGUUCAUUUUCAUGGCAAAGAGGGACUUUGCAAUUAAUUGCAAUUCAUCUGAUCACUCUUCAUAACAUUCUGGAGUAUAUGCAAAUUGCCAUCAUAAAAACUGAGGCAGCAGACUUUGAAAAUUAAUAUGUGUGUAAUUCUCAACUUUUGACCACGACUGUAUUUGUGCGCAUCACCUGCAUGUGUGCGAGACGGGUGUGCUCAAGGACAGCGAGACCGUUGGAGGCCUAGCCUAUAGAAUAUGAUAGAGAACAAGCUAAUAACUUGGUAGCCAAUUCAAAACAUAUAUAUAUAUAUAUAUAUAUAUAUAUAUAUAUAUAUAUAUAUAUAUGGUACCCUCUAGUUAAUUGUUUUGCUAUUAUUAGCAUGUAUUCAUGUUUUCGUCAUGUCCCCCCAAAAAAGUAAGGCAUUUGCGAAUAAGGCCAUACAAAGUUUAUUUACCUUUUUGGACGAUUCAUAUGAUUUUAAUUUAAACAAUUAUUUUAGAUUAAAUUAACAAUUUAUUGACUAAAUUCAAUUUAUUGACUAAAUUCCUCUUGCCACUUCACUAUAUCUGACUGGGUAAAUAACUUUAUUUAGAGUUUAUGUGAACCCAUCGACUCAGACUUGAGCACUGGGACUCAGACUUCAGCCAUAGGGACUCGUGACUAGGACUUGGGACUCGAUUCGUACUCAAGGUUUUGUUUCACUGGGCGAAACAGUCAUUAGCUCCCGUUCUACUUUUGGACACCAAUGUGUGGCUGUGGAACGUUGAUAACAAUGGCAAUUUGCGGCACCUUCUGGAUAUUUGUGCUGCUCUUUCGCUCUCUCCGUGCCAGAUUAUGAUAUUCUUAUGUUUGUCAUAUUUCUGCUGUUGGGAGAGAAUAGGAUGUUAUGCAGAAAAAUAUCUUGGUAGGACAAGGCUAUGCAUGUUUACGCACAUGGAAGUCGUGAUUUAUGUUUACUAUAGGUUAAUGAAGCAAUAAUAGACUAAUAACUACACUAAAUCAUUAUUAAAAUGACAAAUGUGACGAAGACUUAUAUUUUAGUCAAAAUGAAUAAGACUAAACUACAUGUGAAAAAAAAAAAAGUGGCAAUGUAACACUGGUGUAAGGUGUAUAUGCUCAAUAAGAUAGUGUAUGUUAUCUGUCCCAAGUUGUUGACAUUUAGUCUCUCUUACAGAGAUGGUGUAAAGAGGACAGAGCCUGGUGGUCAAGACAGUUACACAAAGAUGGGUGAGUAGAGACCGAACAUCUUUCACUUUCAAGUAAAUUGUCACAACUAUGCUACUUCAGAAAAUACUCUCAUCGUUGAUGGAAUCGGGUGUCUUUUUUCCAGUGUACACUACCGUUCCAAAGUUUGGGGACACUUAGAAAUGUCCUUGUUUUCGAAAGAAAAGCAAUUAUUUUUUCCAUUUAAAAUAACAUCAAAUUGAUCCGAAAUACAGUGUAGCCAUUGUUAAUGUUGUGAAUUGCUAUUGUAGCUGGAAACGGCAGAUUUUUUUAUGGAAUAUCUACAUAGGCGUACAGAGGCCCAUUAUCAGCAACCAUCAGUCCUGUGUUCCAAUGGCGCGUUGUGUUUGCUAAUCCAAGUGUAUCAUUUUAAAAGGCUAAUUGAUCAUUAGAAAACCCUUUUGUAACACAGCUGAAAACUGUUGUGCUGAUUUAAAGAAGCAAUAAAACUGGCCUUCUUGAGACUAUUUGAGCAUCAGCAAUUGUGGGUUCGAUUACAGAAUCAAAAUGGCCAGAAACAAAUAACUUUCUUCUGAAACUCGUCAGUCUAUUCUUGUUCUGAGAAAUGAAGGCUAUUCCAUGUGAGAAAUUGCCAAGAAACUGAAGAUCUCGUACAACACUGUGUACUACUCCCUUCACAGAACAGCGUAAACUGGCUCUAACCAGAAUAGGAAGAGGAGUGGGAGGCCCCGGUGCACAACUGAGCAAGAGGACAAAUACAUUAGUGUCUAGUUUGAGAAACAGACGCCUCACAGGUCCUCAACUGGCAGCUUCAUUAAAUAGUACCCGCAAAACACCAGUCUCAACGUCAACCGUGAAGAGGCGACUCCGGGAUGCUGACCUUCUAGGCAGAGUUGCAAAGAAAAAGCCAUAUCUCAGACUGCCCAUCUUAAUCUUUUAUUUUUAUUGGCCAGUCUGAGAUAUGGCUUUUUCUUUGCAUCUCUGCCUAGAAGGUCAGCAUCCCGGAGUCGCCGCUUCACUGUUGCUCAGUUGUGCACCGGGGCCUCCCACUCCUCUUUCUAUUCUGGUUAGAGCCAGUUUGCACUGUUCUGUGAAGGGAGUAGUACACAGCGUUGUAUGAGAUCUUCAGUUUCUUGGCAAUUUCUCGCAUGGAAUAGCCUUCAUUUCUCAUAACAAUAAUAGACUGACGAGUUUCAGAAGAAAGUUAUUUGUUUCUGGCCAUUUUGAGCCUGUAAUCGAACCCACAAUUGCUGAUGCUCCAGAUACUCAACUAGUCUCAAGAAGGCCAGUUUUAUUGCUUCUUUAAAUCAGCACAACAGUUUUCAGCUGUGCUAACAUAAUUGCAAAAGGUUUUUCUAAUGAUCAAUUAGCCUUUUAAAAUGAUAAACUUGGAUUAGCAAACAACGUGCCAUUGGAACACAGGACUGAUGGUUGCUGAUAAUGGGCCUCUGUUCGCCUAUGUAGAUAUUCCAUAAAAAAUCAGCCGUUUCCAGCUACAAUAGCCAUUUACAACAUUAACAAUGUCUACACUGUAUUUCUGAUCAAUUUGUUAUUUUAAUGGGCAAAAAAAUUGCUCUUCUUUCGAAAACAAUGACAUUUCUAAGUGAACCCAAACUUUUGAACGGUAGUGUAGGUUAAACCAUUUUGAUAAUGAAAAAUUGAAGUUUCACUGGUCAAAUUUAAUUGACGUUCUGUCUUUUUCGCUACAGAGGAGGAAGAUUCUCUGUCCCUGGCCAAGGACAACAGUCACAACAGUAGUUUUGAGCUGCUGGGCUCCAUGCUGCCUUCUUACCAGCCUGUCAACCGCAGCACCACAGGAGGCAGGGGCCUGUCAGCCAGCACCUUCCGCUCCCCCUCACCCUGCUUCUUCAGACCCAGCUUCCUGGGAUCUGCCUCCAAGGUAAGACACUGACAGUUUAGGAGGGUUGAUGUUUUUACAUUUACGUCAUUUAGCAGACGCUCUUAUCCAGAGUGACUUACAAAUUGUUGCAUUCACCUUAUAGCCAGUGGGAUAACCACUUUCUAUAUUUAUUUUUUAAUAAAAAAAAUUGGGGGGGUAGAAGGAUUACUUUAUCCUAUCCCAGGUAUUCCUUAAAGAGGUGGGGGUUUCAAGUGUCUCCGGAAGGUGGUGAGUGACUCCGCUGUCCUGGCGUCGUGAGGGAGCUUGUUCCACCAUUGGGGUGCCAGAGCAGCGAACAGUUUUGACUGGGUUGAGCGGGAACUGUGCUGCCAGACAUGCAGAGAUGCGAUUCGCCACCUGGUUAUCAGAAGGGGGAAAGGAGAAGAUUAGUUGUGUGUCGUCUGCGUAGCAAUGAUAGGAGAGGCCAUGUGAGGAUAUGACAGAGCCAAGUGACUUGGUGUAUAGCGAGAAUAGGAGAGGGCCUAGAACUGAACCCUGGGGGACACCAGUGGUGAGAGCACGGGGUGCGGAGACAGAUUCUCGCCACGCCACUUGGUAGGAGCGACCUGUCAGGUAGGACGCAAUCCAAGAGUGAGCCGCGCCGGAGAUGCCCAACUCGGAGAGGGUGGAGAGGAGGAUCUGAUGGUUCACAGUAUCAAAGGCAGCAGACAGGUCUAGAAGGACAAGAGCAGAGGAGAGAGAGUUAGCUUUAGCAGUGCGGAGAGCCUCCGUGACACAGAGAAGAGCAGUCUCAGUUGAAUGACUGUCUUGAAACCUGACUGGUUUGGAUCAAGAAGGUCAUUCUGAGAGAGAUAGCAAGAGAGUUGGCUAAAGACGGCACGCUCAAGAGUUUUGGAGAGAAAAGAAAGAAGGGAUACUGGUCUGUAGUUGUUGACAUCAGAGGGAUCGAGUGUUGGUUUUUUGAGAAGGGGUGCAACUCUUGCUCUCUUGAAGACGGAAGGGACAUAGCCAGAGGUCAAGGAUGAGUUGAUGAGCGAGGUGAGGUAAGGGAGAAGGUCACCGGAGAUGUUCUGGAAAAGAGAGGAGGGGAUAGGGUCAAGCGGGCAGGUUGUUGGGCGGCCGGCCGUCACAAGUCGCAAGUAUUCAUCUGGAGAGAGAGGGGAGAAAGAAGUCAAAGCAUAGGGUAGGGCAGUGUGAGCAGGACCAGCAGUGUCAUUUGACUUAACAAACGAGGAUCGGAUGUCGUCAACCUUUUCAAAAUGGUUGACGAAGUCAUCCACAGAGAGGGAAGAGGGAGGGGGAGGAGGAUUCAGCAGGGAGGAGAAGGUGGCAAAGAGCUUCCUAGGGUUAGAGGCAGAUGCUUGGAAUUUAGUGGUAGAAAGUGGCUUUUGCAGCAGAAACAGAUGAAGAAAAUGUAGAGAGGAGGGAGUGAAAAGAUGCCAGGUCCGCAGGGAGUCUAGUCUUCCUCCAUUUCCGCUCGGCUGCCCGGAGCACUGUUCUGUGAGCUCGCAAUGAGUCGUCAAGCCACGGAGCAGGAGGGGAGGACCGAGCCGGCCGGGAGGAUAGGGGACAUAGAGAGUCAAAGGAUGCAGAAAGGGAGGAGAGGAGGGUUGUAUGACAAGGGCCCGUGUUUUCCGUACCACUGUAUGACAGUAUAAAAGUGUCAGGAGAGAGCCAGUCAUAACCACACAGACACCAGUAUAUAUGUCUCCCAGUAAUGCAUACGUUACGUGACAAUUCAAGCAGGGGCAACGGAACAGUUUUGACAGGGGGUGUGGGACCACCUAUGAAGAAAAAAAUGUAUGCACUCACUAACUGGAUAAGAGCGUCUGCUUAAAUGACUAAAAUGUAAAAAAAAAAAAAAUAAAUAAAAUGAUGUUUUAUGAGCAUAAUAGUAAAGAUGUGUAAUUUCACUGUAAAAAUGUAUUACCUUUUUAAUGUAGCAUGAACACAACCAGGCAUGAUGAUGAUAAACCAUGUUUACAUCCACAGGUUUUUAUGAGAAUAAAGUCAUACUGUAUACUGAGUUCGUACGGUUAUGAAAAUCCUGGAAAAGUCAUGCUUUUAAAAUGGUGUUUUCCAGCCUGGAAAAGUUUUGAAAAAUUAUAAAAUCUGAAAAGUUUUGGAGAAAUCAUGGAAAUUAAUGUAAUUUCUGUUAAUGUAAUUUAGGCACAGUUUAAAUAUUUUAUAAUUCAAAUAAAAAUCUACAUAUCAGCCAGGAUCAGCAUGACACUUAAGCGUGUCUGUCUGUGCGCAUCACCUGCAUGUGUGCGAGAUGAUUGGGCCGUUGGUAAAGGAGGUAUACAGUCGGACAUUGCAGCAGCAGGUAGGCCUAGCCUAUAAAUAUGAUAGAGAACAGACUAAUAACUAGGUAGCCAAUUAAAAAAACAUAUUGUACCCUCUAGUUAACUGCUUAGUUAUUAUUCGCAUGUAUUAAUGUUUUCGUCCGCAAAAAUCUUCCACUGACACUUGUGAUUAAGGCCAUACAAAGUUGACUUGCUUUUUUUUUUCUUUUACAAUUUUCUUUUUUCAUAUGAUUAAUUUAAACAAUUAUUUUUAACUAAACAAACGAUUCACUUCACCAUUGUAUUAGUUGGGAUUUGGUUCAAUCGCAAUGAAUCGAAUCAUGUGAAUCAAAAUAAUAAUUUGUGAAUCACAAACAGUUCUUUUAGGAAAACAUAUCUGAUGAAGCCUUUUGGAUUAUGUGGCUUCAACUACUUUGCAACUCAAUAGAUGCUAGUCAGCCUGCAAAGUAAACACUUCUAAGGUAGCUAAGAUAAAUAUGGCUAAACUCGGAAAAGGUACAUUUCCUGAAGAAAACGUGUGGGCUUGCUUCAGCUGAAUAAAAAUAUUUGUAUCCUACCAGAGCCAUUUGAUCUUUGAUAUAUUGAAUGAGCAAAUUAUUUCAAAAAGCACUAAAUGUAUUUGGUUGCAAUGUUAUACAUCAAGGGUGGUCAACCAUCAUCCAGGAUAGCUAAUGGGUGUGCAGGCUUUUAUUCCAGUCCCUCUAACAAACCACAUUAGAAAUUAGCUGCUCAACUGGACCUUGAUCAAAAGCAUGCACACCCAGUAGCUCUCCAGACUGAGGGUUGACCACAUCUGUUUUAAGUAUUCUACUUUGGGUGUGCAUGCACAAUGAGCCUUUGCACAAUGACAGGAGAUGGUACAUGGGAUCAGAAAGCAGCAUCCCAGUGUCAAUACCACAUUACGCAUACUUUAUGUACGUAUAAAAAAAGUAAGCGCCAAUUGUUGGUCAUGCCGCCAACUGUUGGUCAUGGAAAUUUGGUUAAAAGUCAUGGAAAGGUAAUUAAAUUCCAUCUGUCAAAAUGUGAAUGAAUCCUGCGUUAAAAAAAUAUAAAAAAAUCACAACAGCUGUGAUGGAAACGGGAAGUUUCGGUACACAUAAAUGCCGACAGAUCAUUUGUUCGUUUGACAUGUUGGGAUCUUUUUGUGUCGGUAAAAUUAAUUAUGCGAGAAAUGGCGGUGGAAACGCCUUUGUGCAAAUAUUGUAAUAAUAACCAUCAUAUCGAAGUAAACUUGGGAGUCACACGAUGAUAUGGUGUGUGUGUGUGUGUGUGGUCCUCCCAAAACAACUCAGGAAACCAUGUAGUUUAUUAAGCUACAGAUGAAAUGUUAUGAACUUGGCAGGGUGGGGAAAGUGCACUAUGAUGAGCUUGAUGCUGCAUUCCAAUAAAUAUUGAGGGUCUUGUUCUGAUGAAAUGAUGAUCGAUGCUUGACUGCCGUUUUUGACAAAUCCAAAUCAUUAUCCUUAAUAGGCUAAUCUCAUAAUGUAGACUACCUUACCCGCACUGUAUCUGCGAGUUGUUGGCUAGAGCGCACGUGCCAAGACCAGAGUAGGCACAUUUAGCUAUUUAACGCAAGUGUUUGUCACAAUUAUCAGUCGAGUUGAAAAUGCGGUGGAAACACAUUGAACUUUAGAUUUUUAAUCGGUACAUGAAAACUUAAAGCUGCAAUAUGUAACUUUUUUGGGGAUCCAACCAAAUUCACAUAGAAAUGAGUUAUAGAUCUGUCAUUCUCAUUGAAAGCAAGUCUAAGCAGUAGAUCUGUUCUAUGUUUCCCAUGCUCAAGUUUUUGUAUUUUUCAGUUUUGUACACCAGCUGAAAAUACAAUAUACAAUAAUUCUAUACACUUGUUUUGUCACAAACUGAAGUUAAGCAAACUAUUAGAAUUUUAGCAACCAGGAAAUGGUGGGGCAAUUUCUGCAUAUAGCACCUUUUUAAGCGAAAAAAUAUAUUUUGUGUGCACUACAUCAUGCACAGAUUUUUAUCUGCAACAAGUCAGUUUCGUGGAAACACCACUGGUGGGAAAAGGCACAUAUUUUCUUUAUACAAGUUGUCGAAUAUUUGCAUGAAAAUCUGUCGCCAAUUGGAUGGAAACCUAGCUACUGCCAAACAAAUCACUUCAAAAAAUAGGCUACCUGUGCACGUUCGAUCCACUCUACAAUGAUUCCAGCAUCUAAAACAGUGCACGCACCGCCAUUUGAUGAAUGGCAAGCGACGUCUAUUAAAACACCAAGUGUUAUGUAGGGCUGGGCGGUAUACCGUAUUUUACGAUAUACCGGUAUUGACGCAUGGACCAGUUUGGGUUUUUACUUUACCUUCUAUUACGGAAUUUGGUUGGUUUGGUUUGUUAAAUGUGAUACGCCGUGUGUAAUGCCAAUUUUUAUAGUUCGCUACUCCAUGCCGCUUUCCACACAGACCUAGCCCCGCACCCUGUCAAUCAAGGAGCGCAUUUGUUGUUCUUCGACCACGAGACACUUGCGUUCAGUCUGCAUGGUCAAUGCAGCACAUGCAACAAUGUUGAUGAUGACAAUGCUGUUUUCACUUUGCUGCUUAAUAUAAAUCCACUAGUGUUCUAUAAUUACAUUAUUAGUUUGUUUCUUACAUCUGCAAAUGCUAGUUUUGUUUUUUCUUAGCAAGUUGGGCCUAAAACAUGAUAGCUGCUAAUCGUUAGUUAGCUGGCUGAGUCAGAGCAAACGUAAUUAGCUAUACAGCCUGAUAAUACCAGUGAUGGUGUAGACCUAAAUCAGCAUGUUUGUGCAACAGUAUGUUCUUGAUCAAAGAAGAAUACGCGGAGCUACAUAAAGUAGCUAAGAGAACAUUCACUGUAGCCAAAGAUUAUAGGGUCCCCUAUAAAAACACUUACCAACACUUUGGUUCCUACCCUAUCACAGUAACUCCUCCCUGGCAUUUUCAUUCGUUGUCAUGUUAAACAACACUGUAUUCAAAGUGCCCACUAUUAUAUUCUAACUAUAGAAUUAGAACAAUCAUUCUAUUUCCAUGAUUCCAACAGUUCACCCAAGUGUUUUGCUCUAAAUUGCAAGUCCAAUCGCAGUUGCAACAUUUGGUUAAAAGUAAGGCCUAGAUUGUUUGCACAUAUCGUGCAGCCCUACGUGGCAGUGUGGAAAAGAUCUCAAAUGACUGCAGAAAUGGAUGAAAAUGCUGAAAAAGUGUUUUUCGUUGAAUUGAACAGUAUAAAACAAUCAGAAUGGAGAAAGACUCAUUGAAAUCACGUGGCAUGUAUUUGGCACCCUAGGGUCAAGCAAAUUUAUAACUUUCUAUUAUUCAAAAAACAUAAAAUAUCGUCCUAUUAAAAAAUAAAAACUGUUUUAUGAUAUUUUGGCCAUAUCGCCCAGCCCUAAUGUAAUGACAUUCGGCGAUUGUCAUUAGGCACACUUGUAGCCUGAAUUGGUUGACGCAUCACUGCUGUCCGCGUGCGUCACGGUCCCGGCCAGUCAUCUCAGGCUGCUUUCACCCUUAUUUUAGAUAUUUUUCUGCAUAUAAUUUCUGACAUUUGGUAGGCUAUUUGUUAGCCAACUUGUCUAUAAUUAGAUGGGCCUGCAGCUUCUCUUUCAUUACUUGUUGCCCCUAGAAGACAAAAAAAGCGGUGCUCACCAGAACAAUGUAAUAAAUCGAUACAAUGAAUGCAUCAAUAAUAUUCAUAAGCCUAAUCUAGUUGACAUUGAUAAAGUUUUCCCUUCCAUUUCUGCUCGCAGAGCGAGGACGUGUAGGGACCGGGGCGAAAAUGCAAAAGAUUUUCCCUGCAAUAUGUCCAAAUUACAUCAUUAGUUUCACCGGUUUCAAGGAAGUGAAAACGAUCCAUCAUGAAUCUGACAAAAUUUCAGUUCGUCUUGGAUGCAUAUUUUAUGUGUUUGAAAUAGCCUACUGUCUGCUUUUAAAUAGCUGACAAAGACUGCACCGUCCCUAAUCAUGCAUUCGCAUUCUGUCAAGAUGCUGAAAUAAAUAAAUCCUAUUUCUCCACUCCUAUUCCCAGAGACAAAAUUUUACAUUUGGUGUAUUAUUUUACUGCAAGAAAGACUAUUAUAUUAAGCUACAUGUGAGCGUUAUAGGCCUACAGUCAGUGUCCAUAUUUCAGCUACUACAUUAGGCUAAAACUUCUGUCCAAAUAUAUUUUAGUUUCAGAGGAGCGGCAGCAGAGGGUGCUACCACACCCCUACUUCCGCCAUCUCUGAAUUGAAGUUGAAAGAGGAUGAAAGGCGUUUUCUAAUAAAUGCUGAGACUGACUCCUUUGCUGAGACUCAUCCCCAGCAUCUCAUCCCUCUCUCUCCAUCCCACAGAGCUCAGGGAAACUCUCCGAGCCCUCCCUCUCGUUGCCCGUGGAGGACUCCCAGGACCUGUACACUCCCCACUCACCCGGCGAGUCUUCUGGCCCCCUGGGGGCCCCGUCGCAGGGACGCUUCUCCGUGGAGGACGACUCCCAGCUCCUGGACGCCGACGGCUUCCUCAACGUGGGGCCCCGUACCGGCCCCCCACACUCCCACAAGAGACAGCUCAUACUGGACAGCCUGGAUGAGAACGCUAUGGACGCUAACAUGGGGGAGCUGUUAGGAAUGUGCUCUGGGGGGUUCGGGACGGCCAGAGAAGGCGGCGUGGGGGGGCUUGGGGCCUCGCAGGAGCAUGAAUUGUUAGGGCUGUGUUCGGGAGUGUUCUCUACCACACAGAAGGGGGGAGCGGAGGAGAGGAAGCGAGAGGGAGGAGGGCUAGGGGCAACGCAAGAGGAUGAGCUGCUGGGGCUGUGUUCGGGAGUGUUCCCUACCGCACGGGCAGAAAGGGAGAAGGAGGGAGCGGAAGGGAGGAAGAGGGAGGAGGAGAAGAUGGAGUUAGAAAUGGACAGAGAUGAUGACAUGGAUCAGCUGCUUGGCCUCUGCUCUGGGAAGUUUACUACUCAAGGUAAGCGCCUGUGUGUGUGUGUCUGGGUGAUUGGGUAUAUAGGGGUGUAGUACACAGGAAUAAUGUUUUGGUUCCAUUUCUCAAUCUCUUUCCAUAUAGGUGUCUCCCCAUUGCGAUCCAACUCGAGCCCCGCCCCACACUCUUCAACUGCUGAAGACAGGUAAAAAGCGCAAGCCUAACAUCUGAUAACUAAUUUCCCCUCUGGGUAUCAAUCAAGUUAAUUCAAUUCAGUAACUGAGUACUGUCUUACACUUCUUCUACUAACCACUAUGAUAUACCCAGGCUGUACAUACAAAGAAAUCCAAAUGUUGAUCCCUGUAAAGGCUAAAUGCAAUUAUGUGAUGUUUCAGUAGUAAGAAGCUGGUGGAGGAAGAGGAGGAGGAAGAAGAGGAUUGCGAGUUUCUACUUCUGUCAGACGUGGAGAGCCAGAGUGAGCAGGUAAGGCACUUAAGCAUGUGCUUGCGUCAACGACGUAUAGCCCAAACAGGUGAACUAACUCUUUCUUCCUAUACUUCCAGGAGGACAAUGAUGAGGAUGGAGAGAACGAGGUAGAGGAGGAGAGGGAGGCUGUGUUUGCACCCCGUCAAGGAAAGAAGAAAAUGUAAGUAGAGCCAAAACUGUUCCUGAAUCACGAUCUGACAAACACACAUCUGUUGGGUGUCUUUGAUGAUAGAGCCUAUUAAAGGAAGUGCACUCAGCCCAGAGAAGGCAUUAAAACCCUGCACAAGUCAUUUAGCACUGUUUGCUUUGGCAAUGAGGGUAUGGCAUUGAUGCUCUAUACAGAGAAGGCGUUAAAACCCACGCUGCAUACAACAUCCAUUUAGCCCCUACGUUCACCUAUACCUUAGUCCAGUGGUAUUCAAAGUCUGGGUCGGGGAACUGCAGUGUGGUCAACCCAUUAAAAAAUGUGUUUAAAAAAAUUUUAUUGGUUAAAUGUAUUGGUUUCUUUUGAUAACCAAUGUAUUUUCAUCUCUUAUUUGUUGAUGUAAAAAUUGAAAUUCACCUAUUUUUAAUGUCAUUAGAUUCGGUGUUGUGUCGCAAGAAAUUCUGUCAAAAAAUGGGGUCCCCAGAAAUACUGCCGGAAAAAAUGGGUUCCCCGCUGAAAAGGUUUGAGUAUCACUGCCUUAGUCUGUCAAUAUAGCUUUUAGGUCUUAGGGUAAGUGUCCAUACCUUAUAAGGGAUGCAAACUCGUCACUUUUUUCAGCUAUAUUCACCAUUUUGAUUUCAAAAUAGGGCAUCCACGUGAGUCGUGUAAAAAAAGUUAGGGGUGGGGAGGUAUGUUUCUAAUAUCGAAAUUAUUGACUGAGCACAGAAUGCAUCCCUACACGUCCUACAAUGAGAAUAUCCGAGUUCAGAGCGUGAUGUCAUAUCAGAAUGAGUGCUUCAUCCAAUAUCACGUGAGAGCUGUGAUCAGCCAGCCACAUUCCUCUAACCAGCCAUUAGCAUUAGGCAUACAUUAGCCUACCCUCCGUCCACUCUUUCUGCGCAUCUCCAUCAAUUUAAAAUGUCAUUUCCGGAAGGAUAGUUCAAGCCCACUUUGUAUUCAUAUCUGGUUGUGUUUUCCCCGCUCUCUAGGCGCAUGGCAGAGUUUGUGGACUCUGAGGCUGAGCUCUCGGGUAGUGACGUGGGCAGUGAGGAUGAGGAUGACGGUGAGAAUGAAUAUGAGGAAGAGGAGCUGCUGGACGAGCUGCCGUCUGAUGAAGAACUGCAAGACCAGGUCAACAAGAUCCACAUGUAAGUGCUGAAACAAACAUUCUAAAUACCUCAACAAAACAAUCAAAGAAGAACUUCUAUAGUCACUAUUACUCCUAUUGCGUUAAGAGAACCUUAACAAUGAACAAUGUGCAUUACCUUUAUAGGUCAUGUGUGGUAGUAGAGGGGUUUCAGGUUUUUUUAUUGGAAAAAGCAAUCCAAUCAUAGGAUGUGUGAAUAUUUUUACCCUAAAGCUUGCUUGAACCCGCUCGUCUACAGGAAACAGGUCCUUGACGACGACAAGCGGCGACUGCGGCUGUACCAGGAGCGUUACCUCGCCGACGGGGACCUGCACUCAGACGGCCCGGGCAGAGCUCGCCGCUUCCGCUGGAAGAACAUCGGUGAGUGUGUGUGUGCGAGAAGGUGUUCUUCUAAGACUGAUAUAAUACUUUUCUAUUCCACAAGCUUUAAUCAAGUCGUGUUAUAACCCAGUGCUGACUUUGUCAACAAAGUCAGUUGGAGGCAGUUUAUCAUAGCGCACUACGCUUUAUUACGAUCAAUAGGUUCAGUACACAUAACCGCAUUCUGUGUCAGAAAGUACGCUGUAUCUUUUUGAAGUCUUGUAUAUCGAUGCAUUUCUCUCUUUAUUUUAAUUUUUUUAAACGCCUCCUGCAUAAACUUCCUUACUUCAUUGUUAACUUAUAGACGUACGAGAUACCAGACCCGGUCUCGGGGAUGGCUAACUCUUGAGAUCCCUUCGAUAUCCACUGAGUUGGGUAGAUCUGCUUAUAGUUUUGUUUUUUUACCUUACGUGUGGAAGGAUAUGAUCUCAAUGCACUUUAAAAUUGGACAAAUUGGUGCCUCUAGGGCAUUUCAGACUGCUGUUAGGGGAUAUUAUUACUGAAAGAUUAGUAUUUUUAUGAUUUGUGUUUUGCUUUUCAUUUGUAUUAUUAAGUAUAUUUUAAUGUGUAUUUUGAUAUUGUGCUAAACAGGGCUCAUCUGGAAAAGAGACCUUGGUAACAACAUUGACUCUGUCAAAAUAAAAGUGAAAUGUUUUUUAAAUAGUGUGGUGCUUUUCUUCCAUAGACGAUGCCUUUGACAUGGAUGGCGUGGAGGGGGAGGAGGAGGAGGAGGAGGAGGAGGAAGAGCUAGACCAGGCAGAGCUGCAGAGGAGGAAAGAGAGGCUGGAAAGGGAGCAGUGGCUACGAGAACAGGUAUGUAUAGCAUCUGGGAGUGUCUCAUUCUGUCAGGGUAAACUGGGGUGUAUUCACUAGGAACCAAACGGGGAGGGACCUAGCUGAAUUUGUCCAUUAGAAACUCUCGUAUUCGUUGCAAAAAAUGUUCUGUUUGCUACAGUUUGUACUAAUGAUUACACCCCUGGUCUGUCUUCUAUGUAGUGUGUGUUUAUGUGUGGUGUAUCAUAUGUGUGUCCAACUCCCCUCUGUCCUUCUAGUCUGACGCUAAGGCCAAGAAAGGGGAGGACUUUGACGUGGACGAGGAAGAGGAGGACAAGAUUGGAGAGGAAGACAGCCAGUUCAUGAAGCUGGCCAAGAAACUGACUGUCAAGAAACUAAGGAAGAAAGGUGAGCUGAAAUGGAAUGAGACACAAGAACUUAGGGUUGUCACGAUACCAGAAUCGUGAUACUACGAUACCAGAGUUUCCAUAUCAAAAAGGAAAACGCAAAGCAGACUGAACUCUUUGGUCCUUUUAAAAACCUACUGUAUAGAAAAUAUUGAGUGCUGUAGUUUGGAAGAGAAACAUGAGAUUCUGGGCGACAUCAGUCUGCUUGUUUCCAACAUUGGGACUGUUUUCCUCCGCAAGUUCAGUCCGCCUAAUGUUUUGUUUCCUUGCCACGAUACUUCUGAGUAUCGCGAUACUGGUAUCGUGACAACCCUACAAGAAAUAUGGGAGAUAUAAGAAAGAUAACUGCAAAUGUCUCCUUUUGAGUUACUCCUCUUUUUAACCCUCUUUCGCAAUCCCUCCAUCUCUUGUAUUCCAGAGCUGCCUCAUGCACCCCAGGCGGAGAAGAAAGCCCCAACUCAUAACCCCUUCCAGAGACCCUCUCAUCCCACCAUGGUCAGUACCUUCCUCAUACUAGUCCAGACUCGAUCUAGUCCAGUCUGGACUAGUAAUCACCCUCUAGUGUGACACUUAUGAUUUUCACUGUUGUGUAAUCUGCUCCCUCUAAGAAUCUAUACUAAAUGACUAGAUGACUCUGACCGUUUGAACUCUAUUCAACCUUUGACCCCUACCUCAGGUGAAGAGGGGCUCAUUGCUCAGCCAGCCCCGCUCCAUGCUGCAGAAGCUGGCCUGCAUCUCCGAGGGGAACCCUCUAGCCCCCCGCAACACCCGAGGGUUUGUCUUCCAAAGCCUGUCGCCAGAGAAAGAGGCCUCUGCUGCAGAGGCCCCCAAAAAACAGGUAAGUCCGACCAUAGAGAGAUAAUGGCGUUUAUACAGUACAUUCGGAAAGUAUUCAGACCCCUUCCCCUUUUCUACAUUUUGUUACGUUACAGCCUUAUUCUAAAAUGUAUUAAAUUAAAUCUACACACAAUACAAUGACAAAGCGAAAACUGGUUUUUAGAAAUGUUAGCAAAUGUAUUAAAAAUAAAAAACACACCUUAUUUAUUUAAGUAUUCAGAUCCUUUGCUAAGAGACUCGAAAUUGAGCUCAGGUGCAUCCUGUUUCCAUUGAUCAUCCUUGAGCUGUUUCUACAACUUGAUUGGAGUCCACCUGUGGUAAAUUUGAUUAAUUGGACAUGAGGAAACCUGGCACCAUCCCUACGGUGAAGCGUAGUGGUGGCAGCAUCAUGCUGUGGGGAUGUAUUUCAGCGGCAAGGACUGGGAGACUAGUCAGGAUCGAGUGAAAGAUGAAUGGAGCAAAGUACAGAGAGAUCCUUGAACCUGCUCCUGAGUGCUCAGGACCUCAGACUGGGGUGACGGUUCACCUUCCAACAGGACAACAACCCUAAUAAGCACACAGCCAAGACAACACAGGAAUGGCUUCGGGACAAGUCUCUGAAUGUCCUUGAGUGGCCCAGCCAGAGCCCGGACUUGAACCCGAUCAAACAUCUCUGGAGAGACCUGAAAAUAGCUGUGAAGCAACGCUCCCCAUCCAACUUGACAGAGCUUGAGAGGAUCUGCAGAGAAGAAUGGGAGAAACUCCCCAAAUACAGUGUGUGCCAAGCUUGUAGCGUUAUACCCAAGAAGACUCGAGGCUGUAAUCGCUGCCAAAGGUGCUACAACAAAGUACAGAGUAAAGGAUCUGAAUACUUAUGUAAAUGUCAUAUUUGGUAUUGUGUGUAGAUUGAUGAAGGGGGAAAGAAACAUUUCAAAAUUUUUAGAAUAAGCCUGUAACGUAACAACAUUUGGAAAAAGUCAAGGGGUCUGAGUACUUUCUGAAUGUGCUGUAAUCCUGUGGGCCCAACACACAUUGGAGGAUGAGGGUGCUUGUUGGUCAGUGUUGUAAACUUAUUUUUUAUCUUUAGAAAGCCUCACUAUAGAAUGAUAACAUCCAUUACACAUUGUUGUGAUAGUCGUGAUGUUGGACUCUAGUGUAGUACUGAUAUUAGACCAUAGGGUGGCACCAAAGGCCAUAGCUGUCAAUGUUUCACUGGUAAAAGCUGUGUUACUGCAGUCUUUCUUUGACUAGAAACAUUGCACGCUCUUAUCCAUCCUUUUUACAAUAUUUGCAUAUACUUCAACUCGGCUUUUACCUGAAAAUGUGUACAACAUUAUAGUCCAAACUACAUCUGUAUGGAAUAUUUAUUUAUAUAUUAUUGUGUACAGGAAGUGUCCAUGACAGACUGACCAGGUGAAUCCAGGUGAAAGCUAUGAUCCCUUAUUGAUGUCACUUCAAUCAGUGUAGAUGAAGUGGAGGAGAAAGGAUAAAGAAGGAUUUUUAAGCCUUGAGACAAUUGAGACAUGGAUUGUGUAUGUGUGCCAUUCAGAGGGUGACUGGGCAAGAAAAGGUUUAAGUGCCUUUGAACGGGGUAUGGUAGUAGGUGCCAGGCGCACUGGUUUGAGUGUGUCAACAACUGCAACGCUGCUGGGGUUUUCAUGCUCAAACAUUUUCUGUUUGUAUCAAGAGUGGUCCACCAUCCAAAGGACAUCCAGCCAACUUGACACAGCUGUGGGAAGCAUUGGAGUCAACAUAGGCCAGCAUCCCUGUGGAACGCUUUCAACACCUUGUAGACCAUGCCCGACGAAUUGAGGCUGUUCUAAGGGCAAAAGGGCGUGCGACUCAAUAUUACGAAGGUGUUCCUAAUGUUUUGUACACUCUGUGUGUAUAUAAUCUCUGAACCGAUCAGGGAAGCAGCAUGAAACAUGAAAUUCCAAUUUGUCUCAGGACAUUGACAUUGUCUUUAUUAAAUUGGCUCUAAUUUUUAUUCGUCAUAAUGACAUUUAAUGAUAAUUACAAUAAAAUGUGACCAGAUCCUGCUAACCGUGUUAAGACUCUGUUGGGGAGUUCUGUUUUAAAUUGCAGCAUAAUUGAUCUUUAAAUAGCUGUAAUACUGCUCAGAGCCGUACAGUAGAUUUACAGACCUCAACAAACACUGAUGGGCGUGUAGAAUUGUAAUGGGACUCCAUGCCGGCACCAAAAUAAUUACAUUCCAUUAAGAAUUCCUUAAUCGGAAUGUUAUCGUAAUGGGACAUUUGCUGCUAACGUGGUGGAGAGUUUGUUGACAAGCUUCGUAUAUCUCUGACUGGUUCUGGUCUAUGAUUUUAACAGGAGUCAUUUCUCAUAUUUAACUCUGACUCACUCUUUAUUUUGCAGAUGAAGAAGAGGGGACAAAUAGAGGUUUUGGCCCCGGCUGCUAAGCGGCCAUGUCGGGAAAACGCACCAGCAUCCAAAGGACCACAAAGAAGUAUCUUCUGUUACCUGGAGAACUGA